GACAACCAGAAACCAAUGUGUGAAAGCUCGAUUUCAUCAUGAUCGACGAUCCGAACUUCAUCGAUGUAAUAGUGCAGGAGCUGAAAUCUCAAGGCCUUUUCGAUCAGUUCCGGAAGGAAUGUUUGGCAGACGUGGACACAAAACCUGCCUAUCAAAACCUACGCCAGCGUGUCGAUGGAACCGUGAAUAAGUUUCUCGCCCAGCAGGAGUGGUCCGAUAACAUCCGUUACAAGAAUCAGCUGCGGGACCAACUGCGUAAAAACAUAAUCGACUCCGGUUUUCUGGACACCGGCGUCGAGCGCAUCGUAGACCAGGUGGUGAAUCCAAAAAUAUCGACCGUGUUUCAGCCAAAGGUGGAGGAAAUCGUGUACAACUACCUCGGAAUCGAAAAACCCAAAUCUUCGUCGGUGAAUGGCAAUGAAUCUAAACCGGAACUACUGCUGGAAGACCUCGAGGCCGUCAGUCCGGAUUCGGAUAAAAAAUCGGAAGCUAGUGUCACUUCACCGCUGCCUCCUCAGCCUACGGAAAACACCGAGGAGGAUAUGGAAAUCGAUGAAGAGCUAGAUGAAUCGAAGGAACAAGAUGACUUCGAAUCGCCGGCCUUUGAACCGCUCGAGGUGCGAUCACCGAGCAAGACCAAGGAGGAAAUCAACGACUCCAAUUCCUCUGCCAUCAGUGGACUGACUUCGCAAGAGUCUGUUGAAAGUGACGACAAAGAGGAGGAACCACCGGCCGAAAAGCCACCCACCGAUUCGAGUAAUGCCCCACCGGUUGAAGAACUGGAAAAUCCCACGACAAAGGAUUCGGAUUUCAGCCAAGAAAUUGCACCGAACAAUGAUUCUCAACUUUCGCAAGUGUCCAGCAACAGUCAGCUACUAACAACGACGACGACGGUGCCUUCGACUGAGGAAGAGCCUCAGCCGCCUCAGGAAAAUGAGCGCUUGGAUAUCACCGAGGAAGCACAAAUGCCAACACUGUUCACCAACUCAGCAGACAAACCCUCGGAGCCGACAGAGGGUGAAGGGGAUGAUGCCGAAGAUGGGGCCAAGAAGAAGACGUUCAAUUUUGAUAAAGAUGAGUACGAUUUCGUUGGAACUGGCCGUUCCACGGUGAUAGUGCGAGAUCAUGAGAGCAGUCCGGUGAACUUAAACAUUCAUAAAGAAAACGACGAGGAAGAUACGCCUACGAAAACAUCUACCGAAACUCCAACAGAAGCACCUACCAAAGAUGCACAAGUGCCAAGCUUCUCCACGCAGGAAGACACUACAUCGCAGUCGGAACAUUCGUUGAAAAUUUGUGAGGACACAUUUAGUGAUGACGACACUAAGGAAGAAUCCCAAUCGGCUGACGUCCACCACGACGCUGUACCGCGGAGUCCAAUCAAGGAAAAAGAGCUUUCCGACGCUAGCAGUUUCAGUUUUAAAAGUGAACCGGAAAGCAAGAGUAAACCCGCAAGUCCUAAGGAGCCAUCGAAUGGGUUAGCUCCAAGGAAAUCCAUCGAAUGCGAGCAAAUCAAUGAAGAACAAGAUGAAGCGAAGGAGGAGGGAAAUAAGAAAAUUGAAGAACCAGAAGAUCCCAAAAAGACACCAAAUUCAAAUGCGGAAGAUGACCACUAUGAGGAGCAUUUAAAACAACAAGUAAAACGUCGCGCUAGCGAUCGCGAUUCCGAUGACAGCAACGAUAAAUCUGCACCGUCCGGACCACCACCUCCAUCUGGAGAGAGCAAACCGACCGAGGAAACUGCCGUGUCAACACAAGAACCCCCAGACAAUUCGACGGAGCAGGACAAACCAACAAAUUCCGGUGCUGCGGAUUCCAUGGAAUCGUCCGAAGGACUACGUAACUUUGGUCGAACACAAGGCUCCGUAACACCCUCACGGGUAGAUUCGUCCUCCUCGGGCAUCCAAUCAGGUGAUGACUCGGAAAAAAGUCCCGAGUCGUUGAAAACGUACGCAAAGUCCGAAUCGAUCGUGCUUCCCGUGCAACCGGUCGUAAUCGAUCAGAUGCUAACGAUCGUCGAGGACUCACAGCUGGAGCGACUACUGAACGGCGAUACGCCAACAAACGACGCCACACUAGAAUCACUGCAACGCAAGUGGCAGUCGGCCGAUGGCAGGGUACGCAAGCCAAAGUUUGCUUCCAACUUUUCCGAAGCAAGACGCCUGAUGAAGGUACGGAAGCAGAUGCAACGCGAGGAACAAAAAUGCCGCGAGCAGGCGCUUGCCAUGGCGAAGAAAUACAUCACCGAGAACAAGGUGAUCGGUGCGCAGAUGGCCGAGGAUCAGGGUAUUGAGCUGGAGUUCGUUUGCGAUGGCAAACGGAAGUCGCCGGGACCGCUAAUCUCAUCGCCUGUACCAAAAGCCGAACCGGUGCAACCGAACGAAUCCGACCCAGAUCUGCUGUAUUUCCCCGAGGAAGGGGAAGUGUUCCCGGUUAACGAAGCGCACCUGAACUUUUUGCGAACGCAAACGAACGGCCUUACCUUUGGACGGAACUUUAAGUUGGAGCAUUACCGUAGUGAAAUUUGUACUCUGUCGCCUGAGGUGGCCCAACCGGCCAAAAAGGCUACCAAGCGCAGCGCAAGCAAGAAAGUCGCCGGUCCGAAGGCGAAGCGAACGAGCAGUACAAUAAAUGGCGUCGCAAAGGAGUUGGAUGUGGGUGCGGAUAACCAGCGUGUGGCCUCGCUUGCCCUCCGCAGACAACGAUCGAUCAGGACGAAUGCUUCUCACCAGCUGCAAGAGAAAAAUACACCACCCUCCGUUGGGACGGAUGCGUGAAAUGGGUAAUGGGUGAGCGAUUUUCUUGCAAAGCCAGAGCAGGGUUUAUACAUGCCACUAAAAUCUUUAGCAAAGACCAGUUAAGUGAUAGUCACACGGUGUGGAUAAGUAUUUUUUUAGAUGUUUGUUAGUUGAUAAAUAUGUUCAGAUGAAUGAGUGGAUUAUAUUAAAAGGUUGGUUCUUAAAUACAAACCAACGACAGGAAUUGGUUACAGAACAAAAAAAAAUGGUCGCGUUACAGUUAUGUCAGUUUUACUAUUAACACUUGAGAAAUUUCAUUCCACCCUUCAACUUUCCGUGGCUUUCUAAAAUUUCGAUGAAUCCAUAAAUAAGAGUAUGGUAUUUUAGAAUGUAUAUUUGUUUAUUUUUCUUCACAUACCACAAGAUAAGCACAAAAAAACAUCAUUUUACGAACAUGCCUAACCUAGGACGCUGACAGACUUCCUUUAUUUUCUUAUCUUUCUAUGAUUGCUAUUCGUUUAACUGCCCUCGGACGGCAUUAAUCUUACUGAAGCGUUCUCACAUAUUUUUUUCCAUAUCUUAUUUUGAUUGCAUACAUCCUUGCAACAGUUUAUUUAGCGAAAGAAUCCACAUUCUUCCCUUCUUCACUCUGCAACU